CCUAGUGUGUUGUAUCUUUGUGUGACUCUAUUCUGUGUACUUGUUUAUUGCGAGGCGAGCAACGAGAAAAUUCCAUUGCAACUAGCAAGAAUUUAUUGUCUGCAUAUCUACAUUGAAUUCCAGUGUACUAAUAUUUUAGUUUCCUUAUAAUAAUUUGCGUGUGACAAUAAAGAUGAGCUGCCCUAUUAGCGACGAACAUUUAACACAGUUGAAGGCGUUUAUAGAAAUGUGCAAAAAUAUGCCGCAAAUCAUUCACCAUCCGAAACUGUCUUUCUUCAAAGACUACUUGGCUUCGUUUGGAGUAUCAAUUCCUACUGCAGGUUUCUCUACAAAGAACUCUACACCGUCUGGAGACAGUGGUGCAAGUGUCAAGCCAGAAACUGCUCAAUCGUCAGAUGAUGAAUCUGAACCAGAGUCUGAUGUGGAAUUAAAUAUGGAAGGAGUUAUAGAGCCAGAUGUUCUGAGCGAUAGCCAAGUAAUGGGUGACGAGUCGAAGGAGGAAAUAACCGAUGAGGAGCGUGACCAAUCUGACGAGAAACGUUCAGAAGCAAUGCGGGCAUUCUCUGAGCAACAAUACAAUGAAGCCCUGAAACUCUACAAUGAAGCCAUAUUGCUCAACCCACAAAGUGCUUUAUUAUUUGCUAAAAGGGCUCAAGUUUACCUCAAGCUCAAUAAGCCCAAUGCAUGCAUCAAGGACUGCACAAGGGCUUUGGAGCUGAACUGUGAUAGUGCUGCAGCAUACAAGUUUCGCGGACGUGCCUAUAGGUUGCUUGGGAAGUUUGAGGAGGCAUCUCAUGACCUGUGCGAGUCUCUGAAAAUUGACUAUGACGACCAGGCUAACGAGUGGCUCCAUGAAGUGAAGCCUAAUGCUGAGAAACUGCGCCAGCACAAGCUCAGUGUUCAAAGAAAAAAGGAGGAGAAAGAACAUCGCGAGAAGCUGCGGAGAGUGCAGCGGGCGCGCGAGGCCCGCGAGCGCGCGGCGCGCGCGGCGGCCGGCGAGCGCGCGGCGCCCGGCGCCUUCAACUUCAACCCGCAGGACUUCAGCAGCCUGCUCAUGGACCCAGACAUCAUGGCCGCCUUCCAGGAUCCUGAAGUGACCGCAGCAUUCCAAGACGUGUCUUCUAACCCCGCUAACUUCGUGAAAUAUCAGAAUAACCCUAAAGUAGCUGCAGUAAUCGAGAAGCUGCAAGGGAAACUUGGAAAGGGCGGAGCGGGUGGUUUGUUCACCGGAGGUUUCCCUGGUUUUGGAGGUGCUGGCGGUCCUGAUGCUGGACCCAAACCGCCUACAGAUGACGAUGUAGGUCUAGAUUAAACAUUGUAUCAUUCCUACGUGGCAGAACUAUUACACUUUAUAAAUUCAUUACAGUUUUAUUCGUACAAUCUUAUCUUAAGUACGAAGUUAUUAAAUUCUGUCGUAGAUUUUUUCUGUAUGAAUUCUCCUAUUUGCUUUUUUAACCAAAUUGUAUAUAGAUUAUACAAAAUAAGACUGACUUAUUCGGAUUGUAACACGUUAUUGUCACAAAUGUUUUUUCGUUGCAUGAUACUGACUUUCCAAUCACACAUUAUAAUUUGGCAAUGAUUUUUUUAUUACACUGAAUACUUUUCAUAGGCUUAAAAGUUUGAUCACGAGUAAUUUUCCCAAAUAAAAAUUCGUAAAAAUUAUUUAUAAUUUAAAGUAUAACGGAUUGCUAUGAUAAUUCUCCAUUGAAGUGAUUGAAAAAGACUUAAAAUACUGAGGCAGAAUUUUUGCAACUAUUUUGAAAAAUUUCCGAACUUCGUUGUAUAUACAUGUAUCCAAAGAUAUAAAAAAUAAGCACACACAACUCUUUACCACGUAAAAUUAUCAACAAAUACACGCAUUUUUUUGGUUACAUUUCAAUCAGAUAAAAAGUUCAGUGAAAAAGUGCUUUAGUGGUGCAAUAAUGAUUUAAUGAAGAUUUAUUAGCAAGACCUAAUCUUCAUUAAAUCAUUAUUGUGGAAUUUUAAUCUUAUUUUUGAUCAAAUAAAGUUUUAAAAAUCUUAAAUUCACUUAGUAAUUAAAAUAUUAUUGGUGAGUUACAAUUUUUUUGUUAUAAUAAGUAUCUAUCCUCUCCGUAACUUAUCAUUACGACAAUUAAUUGUUAACAUCUCCAUUUGUUAAUCUGCAUUAAGUAGCGUCCAAAAACAGUUCCAAUUUGUGACUCGCAAAAUACUUUCGGAAAUGUCCCUGUUUUACACAAACAUUUGAUUCAUUAAGGAAAUCUGAAUGUUAUUUUGCUUUAUGUACUAAUUUCCCAAUAUAACCUAUAAGCAUUUAAUAGUUUCGUAAUAUUAAUAAAAUAGGAACUAUAUUAUACCUACAUAGUCACAUUUUAUUUUGACGUUUAAUAAAAUUGUGUAAGUAUA